AUGCUUGCGCCGAGUCUUUCCUCUAGAGCCUGCAGCUCCUGCAGUCUCCGACUCUCACCCUUAUCCCAACACUUCCGUCUCAACAUUCCACGAACACAACCCUUUCACACAACCCCCUCCUUUAAAUCAAAAGUCUCCUACCGCGUCGCCGUCUCCUCCACAGGCAAAGGCCGCCGCUUCCACCCCCUCAAAAAUGCCUACAACUUCGACCCCGCCGGUCCAGCCCUAGGUGUCACAAAAGAAACAAACUCCGUCAGUCGCCGACGCACCAGACCAGACAGCGGCGAAGACGCCUUCUUUGUCAGCAGAAUCGGUAACCGCAUCUCAGACCACCAAGAAGGAAACGCAGAGGCUGUCGCUUUCGCUGUCGCAGACGGCGUAGGAGGCUGGACUGAAUCCCGCGUCGAUCCGGCAGACUUCUCUCACGGAAUAUGCGGAUACAUGGCGCACACUGCUCAGACCUGGCAUGAGCCUGCAGAGGCACUUAAGCCUAAAGCACUACUGCAGGCUGGGUAUGAUGCCGUCGUGGAUGAUCCGACUAUUCGUGCCGGUGGGAGCACGGCUUCUGUGGGAGUCGCGUUGCCUGAUGGGCGCGUGGAAUUGGCGAAUCUUGGUGAUUCGGGGUCUGUGUUAUUGCGGAGGGCGGCGGUGCAUUCGUAUUCGGUCCCGCAGACUCAUGGUUUUAAUACCCCGUUUCAAUUGAGUGUUAUUCCACCGCGGAUGCGUGCACAGGCAAAUGUCUUUGGGGGCGCUUUCCUCGAGGAUUUCCCUAAAGAUGCUUCUGUCACCAAUGUUCAGAUGCAGCAUGGUGAUGUGCUCAUGUUGGCUACGGAUGGUGUCUUUGAUAACUUGAAUAAUCAGGAUAUCCUGAAGCUUAUCACCAGUCGCAUGGUGAUGACAGGGGCCUGGACUGCCACAGAGUCUGGUGUUGGUGUAUCCGAUAACUUGCGGGCUCUGGCUGCCCCCGGUGGGCUGGCACAGGCACUUCCCACGCCGCCUGGCUCGCCAAUGAAGGAUUCAGAGAAUACCCUUGCAGACGAGGUGACGCUACAGUCUCUAUUGGCUGCUACCGUUGCUGGAGAAGCGAAGAAGGCCAGCGUGGACUACCGUCGUGACGGACCUUUUGCGAAGGAAGCCCAGCGGUAUCAUCCUGGUGAUUAUUACCGUGGGGGCAAAGUCGAUGAUAUUUGCGUGGUGAUUGUGGUGGCUGUUGAUGAUAGCUCUGCGGCUAAGCUCUGA